AGUGCAGUGGCAGUUGUCGUGUGCGCCCGUACGCGACAUGUUACCAUGUAGCGUAUAGUAUAUUAAUUUACCAUCGCCAACGCCGGGACUGGGUGGAGAAGAAAAAAAAUCUACCGAGAGACGUGUGUGCGUGCAGUGUACCAUACACGCGGUGGAUGUGCACAAGUGUACACCGGAAGGAAGUGGGAAAAGAAAAACGAUCGAGCGAAUGAACACCAAAGGAGAAACACAGCUAGUAAAAAAAAACAAACAAAAACAAAAAAGGAGUCGAAAGACGCGUAAUUGGAGGCUGCAUUCCGAUUAAAUUGUACGACAUUCGUAUACUUGUACUGCAGAGAAGAGAAGGAGAGUUUUAGUGCUGCAAGUGGUGAGCGCCAGAGAGUGUACGCGCGCGUGUUUGUGUGUGUGUAUAUACAUGCAUAUGCAUGGCACGUAGCAUGCGUCAUGCCUCUCUUAAUUUCUGACUCUCUGGGGUGCAGCUCUCUCGUCGUCAUCAGGAACGCGUUCGAGGCCUACGGGCGGGGAAAACGAUUGUCGUUCUCUCAGUGAUGCAAAUAGUACAAAAUGGCAACAGGAGGAGGAAACUUCAUCAGCAAGCCCGCAAGGGGCUGGCUACAUCCCGACCACCUCAUGUGCAAAGAAGGAGUCACUUAUGCAGUACGAUACGUGGGCUGCGUGGAAGUUUUCGCCUCGAUGAAGAGCCUGAACUUCGAGACGAGAUCGUGCGUCGCAAAAGAGUGCAUAAACCGAGUUUGCGAGGCAGCUGGACUGAAAUCUGCCGACAAGAAACGAAGGGUCGACAACAAGGUCAAGAGGGCCAUCGCGGACAAGCCGUGCAUGGAGCACGCGGGCUCCAACAUCAAUUUGACAAUCAGUAGUUCUAGUCUGACCCUCACGAUCCUGGAAACCGGCCAAGUCAUAGCCAAACACAUGCUGCCGCGGAUAUCGUUUGCUUCGGGUGGCGAUACCGAGAUCCUCGACUUUGUGGCCUACGUAGCGAAAAAUUCGUCGGAAUGGAGGGCUUGCUACGUGUUGGAGUGCGGUGGUGGUCUGGCCCAAGACGUGAUCCACACCUUCGGACAAGCCUUCGACUUGCGCUUCAAGGAAUUCCUCGAGAAGGACACCACCGGUAAACUUCCAGCAGGGGUGAACGGCUCGAAGGAGGCCGAUCGGGAUUACUACAACGACUUGCCGGGCAAGGUGCCGCCGGACAUUGGACCACCUCCGGUGCCGCCUUUGCCGGUUUGCUCUUCUACUUUGCCCAAUUUGAAACACCACCACUCGAGCUCGGCCAGCGUGGGGACGCUAUUCACCAGCAACAGCAGCACUUGCAUACAGAGCACACCUUUGCCGGAUCCGAUCGCCGGUGGCGUCAAAUCGUCGCAACAACAGUGGUCUGACUCGGGUAAUUUGAUAGACUUGAGCUCGGACGGUUCUGUGGCAUCCAAUUCGAAACCGGAGCACAAUUACGUCAAUGCGAAUCUUGACAAUCGGCGAGAGCCCGCAACAUUUUUCGAUGCCUUUGACAUGCAGCCAUUUAGUACAGCCAUAUCGGAAAUGAACAAAUUGAGUCCGCAAUCUCAGAGGCGACAGUUGAGGCAAGAGAUUUGGUAUCACGGAAGCGUCAGUCGCGCGGAGGCAGAAGCUAUGUUGACGAGAGAUGGAGACUUUUUGGUACGUGAGUCACAAGGUACACCGGGGCAGUAUGUUCUUACGGGAAUGAAUCAUGGGAUACCGAAGCAUUUGUUGCUCAUGGACCCCGAAGGAGUUGUAAGGACGAAGGACCGGAUAUUUGACAGCGUGAGUCAUCUUGUUAAUCAUCAUUGCGAGAACACGGUACCGAUAAUUUCGGCCGACAGUGCACUGAUACUCCGAUAUCCCGUGCCAAAACGGACAGCAUUUUAAAAAUCGAAAUUAAAAUAACAAAACAUUUUACAAGUCAUGUCUUGAGCACAUCUUUUAUCUAUACAUUUAACACUGAAGUGGAUUUUAUCGUGCUGUUUACAAGCUCUUCCUCUAAUAAAUGUAUUUUUGUAUUAUAUUCUUUAAUUGGUAUAACAAUCGUAAGAUAUAUAUAUAUAUAUAUAUAUAUAUAUGUAUGGCGUUAUAAAUACGUAAGCUACAAGUGUGUAAAAUCAAAUUUAAGAACAAAAAAGUGUCUAUCCUUGCAAAACGAGGAAAAUAUUUUAU